AAUUUUUUGAGUUCUUGUCAUACACACGUAUUUGUGUGCAGUUGAAUUUUGUAAGUUCACAUUAUCGGUUUCGGAUCAAUUAUUCUCUAUUAUGUAUGAGUCAGCCUUGAUAUUCCUUGGCAGAUGAAUCGCAGCGAAUUUUUGAAAGCGAGAAAACAGAAGAAUAUAUACCGCCUGGUCGGGGUGAACCAAUAUCAGAAAGAGAGCUGUAUUGACCGUUGGCAGAGCGAUUUGUUAUAUGACUACCAUAAACAGCGCGGUUUUCCUUACCACAAAAUUCUGCGAUAUCACCUUUCAUGCAUUAAUACGAUAACGUUUUCCAGACACGAUGGAGCGUUACUGGCGAGUGGGUCGGAUGAUAUGCGAAUUCUGAUUUGGGAUCCGUUGGGGUCCCCGAAACAAGAAGACACUUGGCCGUUGCUGGAACUUCAUGGACAUACAAGCAAUGUAUUUUGCACGGCUUUCAGCCAUGACAAUCGCCAGGUUCUUAGUUCUGGAAAUGAUGACGCUGCUUUGCUUUUUGAUUUGGAGCACACUUCGUCGCUGACAACGAGCGGCAAUAAGUCGACGAUCCCGAUUUGUCGCCCCAUUUCGUCAUAUCUCUCUCAUUCUUCCUGUGUGUAUAAAGUCGCGUGGUCCUGUGACAGUCCGUAUCAAUUCGCGAGUGCGAGCGAAGACGGACACGUGAUGUUUUGGGAUACCAGGACCAAGCCUGAGCCAUUUGCCUAUUUGUCCACCAGGAAUCCGUUUCACACUGUCGAGUACCAUCCAAAUGGGACUCAAGUUUUAACGGCACAAACCGCCAACGGAAUUACACUCCAUGAUCUUCGCAUGCUUCGCGAACAAGACGCACGGCCCUCUUCUGAAUCUUACCAUUCCACUCGGUCCAACACCAAUUAUGUAGCGAGGUAUUCGACUCUCCAAUUCCGCAUUGUGACUGGUAUCAGCAUCGCUCGCAGUGGUACUCAUUUCAUCGCCUCUGUGAUUCAUUUCUAUCCUAUGAUGUACACUUUCGAUGAUCCCAACCCGCGCUGUAUUUUCUACAGCAACACCUACAGACACUCCUGUACUAUGAAAGGGAUUUCCUUUGACGCUAACGAGACCCACGUUCUCAGCGGCUCGGAUAACUUUGGUAUCUAUAUCUGGCCUGUCCCCCGCGUGCAAGAUCUCCCUUAUUUGACCGAGUGCGCCAAAUCAAACGCAAAAGAACAAGAGAAGCUGUUUCUCGGGCAAGACCAGUCUGAUGGCAAAAAGCUCUCUUCAAUCAAAUUCUGUCUCAAAAACACUCCAGCUGAUAACACCUCUCCUGCCUUCACUCCAGAAAUCAUCGCCAGCUCUGCCCUAUGCAACUAUACUAACAACGACGUGGACGACACUCUAAAACGUCUCUACACUCUGUCCCUUAACCAGGACCUCCUUGUCGUAUCUGCACCAGAACGUGUUAUUCAAGGCAGCCGAUCCAUCAUCAAUAACGUUGUCGCUCAUCCAAAACUCCCUGUCUUCGCCUCCGCCGGCAUCGAAAAAGUUGUUCGCCUCUGGUCCCCUCAUCCCCUAUCCGAACUAGACCCAGAAUCUCCCCUUCCACUUAACCCGCGCAAACACUUCAUCUUCAACCAGUCAGACAACGUCCAAGACGUCUCCAACAUCUUCCUAGAUCAGCUAGGUAACAUGAACGACACCACCGUCCACACUUCAGAAGAGUCCCCGCAAACUCUAGGACUCUUUGACUUCUUUCUGUCCUGUGAGAGUCAAAACUACGCCUCCAGAGGAGAAAUGGACGCUCGCACUCUCUCUAUCAACCUUGACAGCGCUGUUAAUCAAACUACCUAUUGGUUCGAAAGCGAAGACUUACGACACCUUACCGAAACGGACCCUUCUUCUCCUUCUCAGCCACCCCAUACCAACCACGACGCGACUGCCGAAAACACCACCCACCCUGAUUAAUUAUAUCUCGACUCUUAUCAUGCUCAAUCACCCCCCCUCAGAGAAAACACACAUUUCCAAAACCCCUGUCCCUGCCCCCAUACACUAACGCAUCAAACAAAUCUUCACAUGCAACUGUACUACUUUCGCGUUUUUUUUCCUAAGAUUUCUUCUUGUCAAUGAACACUUUCAACCUGUCAAACAUUCUUGACACGCUAACUUUUCAUUUCUGUCUCUACCCUCCCCAUAUAUGCAAUCGAUUGAGGGUCGCAUUGCCACCCAGCUCGGCAGGCUAUUCGCCUCUGGCGAUGUUCUUUCUUACUCGCAGCUCGUCGGCGCUUUACCCUCCCAAUAUCCCUCAGACGCUGUCAGAAACUGUCUGAACUCGCUAUUGGAAUGCAAGCUGGUCCGAAAAAAGGAUUACCAAGGCCUAACUCUGUAUUGGACUAUCGCAUCCGAGCCUUGGAAUGCUGCCACCAUCCAGGCGUUGGAAGAUAUCAGAGCCCUGCUUCUCCCACUCAAAUCCCCAUACGUUGGUAUGUGAAACAUUACUUUUUAGACGAUGAGUGCGCAGAAUCCUCUCCCUCUAAUCUGUCUGUGCACUCCAAGCUUCGAGCGAAAAUGACCAGAAGAUGCUACAAAAGAUCGAGGAUGAGAUACGAAAUGUCAACUCACAGAUCGAGCGACUUGAAGCAAGCGAAUUGGCCAGCUCAGACCACCCUUCCACCUCAAGCGAGCAGUCUGUGGAUGCUGUUAAGUACUCCACUGAAGAACUCCUAGUCAUCAGGAAGCUUAGAGCAGAGAUUGCCGUUAUCGAAACUGAAUGCUCAAAAUGGGCGUGCUAUGCAAAACAAUACCUUGGAAUUUUAGCUUCCAGUUAUCAAUGCACAAUAGACGGAUUAAUCUCACGUAUGAAAGUCA